AGAUUUGAGGAACUUUCAUGAGGCUCAGCAAUCAGUGCUUGUGAAAAGCAACGAGACCAAUCAAAGACUGACCGAUUCCUUGCGAACUCAGACAGGACUGCACGAAGAACUCAACGAGAUGCGCAUCAAAUACAACAAGGCCAGUUUGGCGAGGGACUUGCUUGCUGCCAAGCUGGAGAGACUGGAAGAGUCUGUCACCAACCUGAAGACAAAAUUGGAAGAUGUAGCAGCGGACAAGGACCGGUUCUUCCAGGAGAAGCUGGAUUUACACAAGUGUGUCCAACAUCUGACCUUGGAGUUAGAGCGAGCUCUGAGAGGGAGAGAAGGUUUUGAUGACCAGGUGGCUGAUCUCCAUGUGGAGCUGCUUGAGCACCAAAUCCCAGGCCAACAGGCAAGACCAGGAGAAGGUUUUACUGAAAGAAAAACUAGCAACCAUCACGCAGGUGAACGAAAAGCUCACAGCUGAGCUGGGCGAGUUGCGCCAGACACUGGGGCUGCGUCAGGAGCAGCUCCAUCACCUGGAAGCCGAGAAGAAGAUCCUGAUCAAUCAGAUAGAAGCCCUGGAAAAGGAGCGGACUCAGCUGGUCAGUGAGAAGGAACUGCUGCUGGCCGCUGUACAGGCGGACGCCAGAACCCGUGAAGGCGAGGUGCAGGCUCUGAAGGAACAGUGUGAGGAGCUCAGGGUUUCUGAGGCUCAACUAAGAGAGCGCAGCGAGUGCCUAGAGGCAGAGUUGCAGCAGAAGGUUGAAGAGCUCGCCGUGGUAACUCUGGAGCAGGGUCAAGUUGCCCAGCAGUGGAAGGAGAAGUGGCAUGAAACUGCCUGUGCACUCAAAGCCAAGGAGAAAGAACUCCAGCUGGCAGCUGUGAAGCAACUGACCAAGAAGGAGAAGACUGAGUUGCUGGGAGAUUGUGAGAUCUUUGCGGCAGAUCUGGAAGAGCUGAUUGAGCUAAGGACUGCGUUAGCCAGGAUGACUGCGGAGAAGGCACAACUCAAACGGCAGCAAGAGGAGAGCGGGCGCAUCAUUGACCUGCUCCGACUGCAGAAAGACAUCAGCAGCGACUCAACACUGCAUGGUUCUCCCAACAUCUCCAGGAGUUCGGAGAGUGUCCACGCUGAGGUACAGAAGUAUCGCAACCAAAUUCAUGAACUUGAGAAAGAGAAGGGUGAGAUGGAACUGGAACUGAAGAAACUUAAGCUGCAGGGUGCCCCUCUGGUCCGCGUGGAGCUGGACGCUUGCCGACAGGAGCUGGAGCUGGAGCGGAGCAGGAGCCAGAAGCUGCAACAUCAGGUCGAUGACUUAAAGCGGGAGCAGAGCCAGCUGAACCAAGUAACAGUAUCACACAAGGUGCAGAGCAGACAGAGUGGACUGCUGGUGGAGGAUUCUUGUGAGCAGGAAACUGGGUUCAACAAUGUUAAGAAUAAACAUGAUUCACUCGAUCACCUUUCCUUCAAGGUUGAAGACAGCGAGGAGCCCGAAUAUCAGCUUCCCAACCCGGAGCCUGCCUUAAACAGCACUGCCGAGCUCCUGACACAAGACCUGGUGAAGCAAAUAUCCUCACUGCAGCAAGACCUCAGGGACUCCAAGACCACCCAAAGGCAGCAGAACGCGAUCAUACGAGGCCUGAGAGAGGAAUUGGAAGAAGCCAACUUAAACAAACCAGGAGAAAUAAAGGCCUCGCUGGAGGAAGUGGACAGCGAGCUCUUUCAGGUGCGGGAGGAACUUCAGAAGGUUUGGGACAUGUUGCAUGUGCGGAAUAGCAAGCUGGAGGAGCAGCACCAAGAGCUGGAGUCGGCCCGAGGCCAGUUUACUGAAUGUAGCUCGGAGAACCAAAGGCUGGAAAAUCUGGUCACCGCACUGAAGCAGCAAGUGACAGAGAAGGAGCAUGCACUCAGGCAGCUUGAAAGAUUAAGACGAACAGAGAAGACUGAAUUCGAAAUAAAGAUUUCAGCAUUGGAAUUAAAGUUAGCAGAAGUGGAAGUCUUAGGCGAAGCUCAACAGGAGAUCCCGAGUGAGGAACACAAGAGUUAUGUCCUUCAGAAGUGUAAUCGCUGUGACUCCCUUCUGGAGAAAAUGAACGCCAAAGUGCAAGGCUACAGUGCUAGAAAUUCUGAGCUGCAGGAAGAGAAGGAAACUGCCCUGAAAUCAUUGAAUGACGCCCAAGUUCUCACACAGGGGCUAGAAGAGACCGUGAGCCUUGAACAGCGGUUCACUCAGACUCUUGAAGGAGAGAACAUCGACUUCAGCAGACGUAGUGAGCUAAUGUCAGAACAGCUGGCUACCUUGGCAAAAGAGCAAAAUGAAUUGACAAAAGCCUAUAACAACCUACCAGAAGACAGGAAAAGCGAGACUUCUCUUGAAUACUGGACCCCCAGGUCACACCUUGUCCAGAAUGUGGGAGAGAUGUUGAAAUCCCAGGAGGAGCAGCAACAGAGUUUGGAGGAGCAGAACGAGAGGUUGAAGGACCAUGUUGCAUGUCAGAACUUUCAGAAGCUGGAGGAGGAAAUGCAUCGGCUGCAGCACCAGUUACAUGUUAAAAGACAAAAGAUGGCUGCAAUGGCUUGUGAAAUGGAAUCACUGAAACACAAGAAUGAAGAUCUGAUGAAAGCUCAAGUGAAGGGUGACCAGCCGAUGGAGAAGAGCCAAGCUUCACCUCUUGCCGCAUCGGGGUCAGAAGCUGAACCCAGGGCUUCAGAUGGGCGACUUGCCAGUCCGUGGGCAGCGCACUCUUUUCAGGAGUUCAAGCCUUUUAACCGAAGGGGCAGAGACCUCUCCCCGUUCCGAAGGGAAGACGUGGCCUCACCUACCAAGGCCAGGGCACCCAGUGUGAAAGCUGGCCAGAGCUACUUGGAUCCCAUGUUUCCUGACCAAGUUGCCCUUGCCUCUGGGAUUGCUGUCCAUCCCGAGGCCUGGCUCAGUGGUGUUUCAACAAUCCCACUGCAGCCCAAGGGAGCCAGCACACCCGACAGGUCUUCAUCCCCAUUGCCCCUGAGCAGGACUCCAUCUCCUUCCAGGCCCAGUUGCCCUGUCCAACCACUGAACAUGGGCAGGUCAUCCCCUGACUGCUCUUCAGCCUCUGAGGCCCAGAGUGAGGACGAGAAGCCACCAGGAAGAACGAUGCCAUCCGCAAUUAAGUGUUCUCUUCUCUUAUCUCCUAGGCCCUUCAAUGUGCACAGGUUGAACCUAAAUAAAAAAUAAUGUAGCUGAGUCCUUCAGGAAGGAAUUGAGAUCAUAAAAAGCUGUUACGUUUCAGGUACUUUGGAAAAACAAAAAUGAAUGGAGCUCUCAACUCGUUAAGGAGCAUUGUCUUCAUGACAAUCUUUGACAAGCUUAUUUAUUUUAUGAGGCUGUUGCUUGCUUGUCACUAUAAUAUGUGGUUUAACACAGCAAAUAAUAUUGCACAGCAAAUAAUAUUGCACUGCUGAUUUGUUUACAAUCCAAGAUAGGUUUCCCUUUUCCAUCACUGUGUUUAUUCCUUUGCUUUGUUGAAUGACUCCAUACCCCAUCCUGAUGCAGGGUUUCGACCCGAAAUGUCGACCAUCCCUCUGCCUCCACAGAUGCUGCCUGACCCGCUAAAUUCCUCCAGCAGUUUGGUUUUUUUUCGCUCCGGUCACGUAAGAGGUUAGCAAUUUGGAACUCUUUCAGAACUGACAGUGUUAGCUUUAAAGCAGCAACUGGUAGGUUUUGGUUAACCAAAGACAGAUGUUGGAGUCAAGGUGGGUGUAGAGGUGGUAUACUGGAUUGGAAAUUCUAUUCAGGCUCAGAUGAUCCAUUGGAGCUGCAAGCAGUUGGAGAAGCAAUGGGGUUUUUGGAGUGUGGAGUUUGUGAUUAGGGGCCAAUGGAUGAGGGUAAGGAUCUUCUCAAUGCUUAAUUCCAAGAAAUCGCAACUCCUUCAGGAGGUUGUUUCUAAAAUCAUACACGUAGUUCUUGCAGAACAACUGAAUGAAUAUAGAGCGGCUACAAUGCUAUUGGACACAGCUCCUCUCUGUAAAAUACAAUCCCAAAUGUUGGUUUAUCGCUUCAUUAUCGGAAGGAUGUGGAAGUGUUGGAAAAGGUGCAGAGGAGAUUUACCAGGAUGCUGCCUGGUUUAGAGAGUAUGCAUUAUGAGGAGAGACUAAGGGAGCUAGGGCUUUGCUCUUUGGAGAGAAGGAGGAUGAGAGGAGACAUGAUAGAGGUGUACAAGAUAUUGAGAGGAAUAGAUAGAGUGGACAGCCAGUGCCUCUUUCCCAGGGCACCAAUGCUCAAUACAAGAGGGCACAGCUUUAAAGUAAUGGCUGGGAAGUUCAAGGGAGAUAUCAGAGGAAGGUUUUUUACCCAGAGAGUGGUUGGGGCAUGGAAUGCACUGCCUGGGGUGGUGGUGGAGGCAGGUACAUUGGUCAAAUUCAAGAAAUUACUAGAUAAGCAUAUGGAGGAAUUUAAACUAGAGGGAUAUGUGGGAGGAAGGGGUUAGGAUAGUCUUAGGCGAGGUUUAAAGGUCGGCAUUGUGGGCCGAAGGGCCUGUAUUGUGCUGUACUGUUCUAUGCUUAUAGCAUUGAUGGGAUCUUUGCAGACACAUUUAGAAAUUAUUUUGUGAAAAUAGUUACCAUCAAUACAAAUGAAAUCCAUCUUAAUCAAUUCAAACUAAAUAACAAAAGCAUAUUCCAUUUUUGACCCUGAUCCUACGCUGUAUUGUUAACUGUGGCUCAGUGGAUGGUAUUCUCAACCCCCAGGCAGAAACUUGUGGGUUCUAGACCCUGAAGUUGGGGGGAAAAUAAUAUCUAGACUGACACUGACAGUGCUGAGGCAGUGCUGUGCCACCGGAGGAGCUGUCUUCGGAGUCAGACAUUAAACCAAGGUCCCUUCUGAAUGGAAAAGAUCCACGCCGUAAUUUAAAAGUAGAUCAGGAGAGGUCUUCUCAGUUUGCUGGCCAAUAAUGAUUAAUUAUCCUCGCUCAGAUUGCCUGAUAACUUUUACAACUUGUUUUUGUGAGCUUCCUAUGCACUGGCUGCUAGGUUUCCUACUGGCUGCAGAAGCCUCUAUGCGUUAUAAUUCAUUGGCUGUAAAGUGCAUCCUGAGCUCAUGAAGUUUGGUUUUAUUUUUGUUUUUGUCAAUCCUUGAAUAUGUGUAGAACAACUCUUUGUAAGAAAGUGCAGAGUGUAGCACUUUAUUGGAGAAAGGAAGACUGAGCCUGAUUGGGUCAACCUUGAUAGAAAAAUGGGAAGAUUAAAGAACAAAUAUCUGAUUGCCUGCCUCCAAGGUUCUACCCACUCAUCUACACACUAGGGGCAAUUUACAGUUGCCAGUUAACCUACCAACCCCCCCCCAUCUAUGGGAUGUGGGAGGAAACCAAGGCACUCAGAGGAAACCACACGUCAGUGGCAGAACAUGCAAAAUUUCACGCAGAUCACACCGGGCACAGGGAUUGAACCCAGGUCACUGGAGCUGUGAGGCAGUACCUCUACUAACUGCAGCACAGUGCCACCAUGAUAUUGGAUGUUGGAACAGACUGAACAACUUGCCCCAGUACUAUUCUUGAACAUCCAGAUUCUGAUGGUAGGAUUCAAAAUAACAAGUUGAAAUGCUUUGUUUCCAAUGUAAAAUGAGAGGUCAGUUUAAUUAAAGGCUGUGAGAAUUCUUGGCUUAGAUUUGUGCAGCUCCCUAACAGGGUUGCUAAGAUUUCUAAAUAAUAGGCAUUUUCUAUUAAGAAUUAGUUCUACAUAUUUAUGCAGUGUCAAAGCCAAUGAUGGUCUCCAGUUGGAGCACUGGCAGUUCCAUUGUUAUGCCAAUCACGAUGUGUGGAAUAUGUUUCCUUAUUUUGCUGAUCUUGUAAAGCCUUGUAUUUAGCAUGUUUUUUGAUUUGUGACAUGUAUUUCUUUACAACCAGAGGUGCACCUAUACUGUUGUAUCAUGUGGUGUUUUGCUAGAAUACUGUGUUUUAUAAUAAUAUGCAAACUUAUUCACGUGUUGUCUGUUAGAUACCAAUCGUCUUGGUUUCCUUUCUUCCUCUCCUGAAGGUGUUAUCUUGGCCUUGGCUCAGCAACAUAAAUGCGUCUGAUGUCUUGCAUAGAUCCAUAUAGGGCCCUUGACUCCAUUCUGGGCUUCACAUUAUCUGCCUCUGGAUCCACACAAAACUGUUUGAUCCAAUUGUUCUGUCAAAUCUCUGGGUAGAAGUUCUCUUCUGUCAGGGAUUUAUUGAAAUAGAAGUAAAAUAUGUGGGAAACAUUCAGCAGGUCAGGCAGCAUCUUUGGAAAGAGAGACACUGAACGUUUCAGGCCUGGGACCCUUCAUCAGAACUGGGAAAGAAGGAGGGAAGUUGGUCUUCAGUAGCAGGGAAGGUGGGGGAGAGCCAGGUCAAUGCAGCUCGUCGAGGAACAACACUAUCUUCUGUCUGGGCAUGUUGCAGCCUUCAGAACUCCAUGUCGAAUUCUCCAACUUUAGUUAACUUGCUUUGUCUCUCGGUCUGUAUCAGAAGUGGUCAUUAUGGCCUGGCAUUAGUUUGGCUUAGUUUUUCCUUUUUUAUUUAUAUUGUCUGGCCUACUGGGCAUGUCCCACAGCCUUUCUUACACAGACAAAGAGUCUGCUACCUAAUUGCUUUAUUUACUCAUUUGGUUUCACCCUAUCAAAGAUAAUCCAUCCCUCUACCACCUCCUCUGCUACUGAAAUCAACUACUGUCUCUUGCCCGGUUCUCAUGAAGGGUCCCAGACCUGAAUGUUAACUGCUUCUCUUUCUACAGAUGGUGUCUGAUCUGCUGAGUGUUUCAACAUCUGUUUUUAUUUCAGAUUUCCAUCAUUUGCAGUUUUUUAAUUGUUUUAAUUUAAACUUGGGAAGAGGACAAGUAUAAACAUGGGUGUGGGCAAGUCGAGCUCAAUGGGUUGUACAUUCUACGUAGAACAAUUCAGUCACCAGGUUCAGUCAAUGUCCUAUGCCUUAGCUGAGGUAUAUGUACCUUUUACUUCAUCAUGUAGCAUCUUUUACUUACCUGCAAACAUCCCUCUGUGAACGGGAUGUACAUAGACAGGAAGGGUUAGAGGGAUAUGGA